AUGGGUCGAACAAGUUCGCCGUCCUCAUGGACCGGCUCCGGCGCGGACAUGCUCCGCGCAAUCGCCUUCGGUGCACAGGCCGUCUUGCUCGGUCGGACAUCCGCGUACGGGCUCGUGAUCGCUCGGCAGGAUGGCGUCGAGGCGACGAUCCUCGCCGAGUGUGAGCCCUCGCUCGGGCUCGCGGGGGAAAAGUCUGUCGGGGACAUCUGUGGGAAGGCGGGCGAUAUGACCAUCAAGGAGGGAUCUAGCUCUGCGCUCUGA